AUGUCGCUCUUCGGACAGGCGAGGCCUUCGAUGUUUGGGCAGUCGCAGCCCGCUCAGACAAAUACACAGAACCAGAAUACGGGAUUUAGUUUUGGCCAGUCGCAACAACAGCAGGGCAAUACACUUGGCGCAUCGAUCCAGCAACAACAGCCGCAGCAGAUGCCAGCUCUAUCUCAGUCCCAAGCCCAACUUUCAAACUCGCUAUGGCAGCCCGGAAUGGAGACACCCCACCAGAAGCCGAUUCUUGAGCAGAUGAAGCUCGUGACUGAGAAAUGGGAUCCCGCGAACCCUAACUGUGUCUUCAAACAUUACUUCUACAACAAGGUCGACGAAAGCCAUGUCCCCUAUUAUAAGCCCCAACCCCACGAAGUCCCCCGGGAAUGGGAGGAAGCCUUGCAAAAUAAGCCAGCUGCGGGCUUCAUGCCCGUUCUUUGCUCCGGCUACGCUGGCGUUGCCGAUCGCCUCAAAACACAAAAGCGCGCCGUUGCCGACUUCAACACCCGCUUGCACCAGAUUAACGGCAGCCUAGAUUCCAUUCUUCAGCGCCACGAACUCGAGACCGAAGUCCGAGCUGUCGCAGCUCGCAGAAGACAGACAACGAUCAGUGAAAGAUGCCUAGCGCUUGCCGCACGGAUACAGGUUCUCCGUAACCGUGGUUAUGCUUUGAGCGGCGAUGAGGAUGACCUGAGCAGUCGACUACAGACCCUGGAGCGGGAUGUCCAAGACCCUGCUGUAGGAGCGCGAGAGGAGGAGCUCUGGAGUAGACUUAUUGUUCUUCGAGGGUAUGCCGACCAACUUAGCAAGGAGCUGGACAAGCCGAGCGGCGCUGAGGGAGAGAGCAUUGACCCAGAGCGAGAAGCCAAGGCGAAGCGAGUGCUUGAGGAUUAUGAGAAGCAGAUUCAGCAUAUCAAGAAAGAGCUUGAGGCUCUAUCGACAGAUUACGCAGAGUGGGAAAAGACCAGAAACCCACACUCAAAAUAG